AUUUUCUAUGCAGUUACCCAUGACUCGUCAGCAGGGCGUGGCUUGAAGGGGAAGUUGUCUUUUUUGCCUGGUUUUGAAACCAUGGACCAAAAGAUCCCAUAUGAUGACUACCAACUCCCUGUGGUCUUUUUACCUUCUUAUGAGAGUCCCCCAGCAUGGAUAGCCCCGCAGGAGCGUAUCCACCAUCCUGACUACAACAAUGAGCUGACCCAGUUCCUGCCWCGCACCAUCGUGUUGAAGAAACCUCCAGGGGCACAGUUAGGCUUCAACAUCCGUGGGGGCAAGGCCUCUCAGCUGGGCAUCUUCAUCUCCAAGGUGGUCCCAGAUUCGGACGCCCACAGAGCAGAGCUCCAGGAGGGAGAUCAGGUGCUGUCUGUCAAUGAGGUGGACUUCCAGGACAUAGAGCACUCGAGGGCUGUUGAGAUUCUGAAGACUGCCAGAGAGAUUCUGAUGAGGGUGCGCUUCUUUCCCUACAACUACCAGAGACAGAAGGAAAGGACUGUGCAUUAGGUGGCAGAAGAGUUCCCCGGGAGAGAGUGUGUGAGUGUCCGUCUUGUAGGAGUCCUUGUAGGAGUCCUUGGUGGUCCUUGGUGGAUAGACCUGCACUUCACUAGUGUCCUCCUCCCACAGACUACAMCCCCCGUCCUCCGUUUCAACCUAAGGAUGAACGACCGCAUGACUAACUGGAUCCAUUCACAUUUACACCCCAGGACCACAUAAAGACAUUGCAUUCCCCCUCUGCAUACUAAACGAUGCACACUGCUUCAGAUGCAGAAAGGAUGUUGUUAUAUCAGGUGUUCACRCACUUACAUACUGAGUCAUGUACUGAAGACACUACAUAGAGUAAUGUAUACUAUUUACAUACCAUAAUGCUCCAGGUCCCCUGCAUAUAAAAGAAGCACUAAGCAUCAACACCAGAGAAAACAAACUACGUCAACUGCAGUGCAUGUCAAAGGGACACAUUCUUAAGGGAAGUUAUCACUGAAUAUGCCAUCGAGGGAUUGAGUGAUGACAGCCCUUUUAUUAACCAACCUGCUUUCACUCACCUCUGACCCGGAGCGUUGUGAAUACUAGGUUUUAAACUGGUUACCCAAAUUGUGUGUGUGUGUGUGUAGUGUAUAUAUAUAUAUAUAUAUAUAUAUAUUACUCAGCAAAAAAA